AGAGGUAAACCAUCAAAAUCAAAUCCUGGGUGUUGGUACUUUCGUGGAACGUGCCCCCAGGAAAACCAAACACAACACACCCAUUUGUCACCGCAUCAAAAUCUGAUAUCAAAUCGUCAGUAUAAAAGCGAAGGUGCUAUAGGAUGCGGAGAUUCGUAAGCGGCAGACUUAGAAGCCUUGUCGUCCAUUCUUUACAGACCAAACAGCAGAUUCGCCCUCAGCAGCAGACACCUCUAUUUCUCAGUCGUUUCUUGUCCGCCGCUCCAGCUCUCGACUUCCCAUCUUCCAUGGCUGACAAAUCUCCUUCUCCUCUCACUGUCACUGUUGGGAAUAUCAAUCCCAAGGUUGUGAAGUGUGAAUAUGCUGUCCGAGGUGAAAUUGUCAUUCUUGCUGGGAAAAUUCAAGAAGAGUUGAAAGCUAAUCCAGACUCUCAUCCUUUUGAUGAGAUUCUUUACUGCAAUAUCGGAAAUCCUCAGUCUCUUGGCCAGCAACCAAUCACUUAUUUCCGAGAGGUUCUUGCAUUGUGUGACCAUCCAUCCAUCUUGGACAAGAGUGAAACACAAGGCUUGUUCAGCGCCGAUUCAAUUGAGCGGGCAUGGGAGGUUCUAGAUCAAAUUCCUGGAAGAGCAACCGGUGCUUACAGUCACAGUCAGGGUAUCAAGGGGUUACGUGACACAAUUGCUGCUGGAAUUGAAGCUCGUGAUGGAUAUCCUGCUGAUCCAAAUGAUCUUUUCUUAACAGAUGGUGCAAGCCCUGCGGUCCAUAUGAUGUUGACAUUGCUGUUAAGAUCAGAAAAGGAUGGGAUUCUUUGUCCCAUUCCUCAAUACCCUUUGUACUCUGCUUCAAUUGCCCUCCAUGGUGGCACACUGGUUCCUUACUAUCUUGAUGAGGCAUCAGGGUGGGGAUUGGAAAUUUCUGACUUGAAGAAGCAACUAGAGGAUGCAAAGUCUAAGGGUGUCAGUGUAAGAGCCUUGGUUGUUAUAAAUCCGGGCAACCCAACCGGGCAGGUUCUUGCUGAGGACAACCAACGGCAGAUUGUGGAGUUCUGCAAGCAAGAAGGUCUUGUUUUACUGGCAGAUGAGGUAUAUCAAGAGAACAUAUAUGUUCCUGAUAAGGAGUUUCAUUCAUUCAAGAAGGUAGCAAGGUCUAUGGGAUACGGUGAGACGGAUAUUCCACUGGUAUCUUUUCAAUCAGUCUCUAAAGGGUACUACGGGGAGUGUGGAAAAAGAGGUGGAUACAUGGAAGUCACUGGAUUUAGUCCUGAAGUGAGGGAACAAAUAUACAAAAUGGCAUCGGUCAAUCUUUGUUCUAAUAUCAGUGGUCAAAUUCUUGCAAGCCUAGUCAUGAGUCCACCAAAGGUUGGAGAUGAAUCCUAUGAAUUGUAUCUUUCAGAGAAAAAUGGAAUUCUGUCAUCCCUAAAAAGGCGUGCAAAGACACUAGAGAAUGCGUUGAACAGCCUGGAGGGUGUGACAUGCAACAGAGCUGAGGGGGCAAUGUAUCUGUUUCCUCGCAUAGACCUGCCUCAAAAGGCAAUCAAAGCAGCAGAGGCUGAAAAGACAGCUCCAGAUGCAUUCUAUUGCAAACGUCUUCUGAAUGCCACUGGAAUUGUUGUUGUUCCUGGUUCUGGUUUCGGGCAGGUUCCUGGCACCUGGCAUUUUAGAUGCACAAUCUUGCCUCAAGAGGAUAAAAUUCCAGCUAUCGUCAACCGUCUAACAGAUUUCCACAAAAAGUUCAUGGACGAGUUUCGCGACUAGAAUACCCUCCGUCUUUUGUCUUUAAAAUGGUUCGGAAUAAUAAUUAGUGCAGUAGACAUUUAUUCAAUAGAGAUGAAUUCUGAAUAGAUAUGCAUUGUGUGAAGAUUUCAAUUUCUAAGUCUAUUGUUUUUGUGGAGAAUGAGUUGGACAACAUAGCAUGUGUUGGUACAGUCA